AAACAUCAGGAGCCGCAAAGUGAAAUGAAGAAGCUGGAAGGAUGAGGAAAAAGAGAAAAGCUUGUGGGAUAAAAAGGACAGACAUGGAUUUCUUAUUCUAGAGGUGAAUUUUAGGUUGGAAGAUUUGGUGGAGGGUUUGUUCAUUUGGGAUUAGAUGAUCAGGAGCUUCACUGGAUGGUACAUUGGAGUGUAGAAAGCCCACAACCACCUGCAGUUUGGCAUUGGGUGUCUGCAUAAAAGUGAGAUUUGGUGUUCCCUUUUGGGAUAUCAGGUUUCUGCUCAAGUUCAUUAGUUCUAUCUGAUGGGUUAUGUGAACCCUGAUGGCAGAUGGAUAAUGGCACUUCUACCCUUAUUUAGAAUUAGAAUAGCUAACAUCACAUCUUCCACUCCAUAGAAAUGAUACGCCAGAAAUUGGAAUGAAGGGUUGAAGCAAUGCAUAACUACAAUUAGGGAUUACCGUGCAUAAAGUUGUUAAGGUAGGAAGAAAAAAUCAAUUGGAAAUUUAGAAGGAUAAUAUUCUUAAUAGUAGAGAUGCGUUUGCCUCAGGUUUCCUCCAGUGGUAUUGCUGAGGAAGUAGCAACAGCACUAAGCACAUUUGUUCAACAUCCACCUCAGCUGUUGGGUGUGAGUAGUUGUGGUUUAACUGGGAAGCAUGGAGGAAACAUGGGAAAUCGAAUGCUGGUGGAUUUGCCACAAUCAAAAUUUGGAGAUUUGCAAAGGAAAACUACUGAGGAGCACCUGAGGGAUACUGACACUUUGAAUAUGCAUGAAGAUGUUAGACCAAACAUACAUAGGAUGAAGAUUGGAAUCAAGGAAAAAAGUUGCUGGUAUACAGUUAAAAAUGGACAGAAUAUUCAAGCACCUGUUCCUAGGAUUAUGGAUUUUGAAACAAGGAAUUCCAUGCAUUCUCCAGCUGAUAUAUUUAAUGGAAAGAAAACUUCAUCAACUGUAGUUAGCAACAGAGGUAGUACAACUCAGACCAAUAGAUUACCAAUCAGGAAGCGCUUAUUAUCUCCUUUGAAUGGAAUGCUUCACUGCAAUCAGUUUGAUAGUGAUGCAGUUGACAUUGGACAUUGUAUUUACCAAAGUGAUUUUGAAGGUGAAAAUGACAAAUGCGGCAUUUCCUCAUCACAAGAGCAUAAGAAAGCUCAUAUUGGCAGCUCCAGUGUUUUAAACCCUCCAGUCUGGUCAAUGUCUUGUUUUCCUGAAUGGAGUAAAUCACCAGAGGAUAAUAAUCCAGCAAACCCCAUUCUUUUCACUGAUGGUCCUCAGCUUGAGAAUAAAAUUGUGCAACCUCAUAAUCGUUUUUCAUUUUCACCAGGAUUCAAUCAUUCUGCUGAAAGAACAAACAAAAGACACCAGACACAGGCUAUGGUGAUACCUGCUAAGAAAGCCAUCUCACCACCUUUGUCUCCUCUUGGUCCAAAUUUUACUGAAGGAAUAAAGUCUGCUGGAGAAUGCAAGGAGACUGCAAAUGAACUAGAUGAUGUCCACAUGACCUUCAAGGAUAUGGAAAAUUCUCUUAAAGUAACCCACCAAGGCCAGAAGGAUAAGGAUUUUCAGUUCUCUAGGACAUCAAUGCACAAUUUUGAAAAUCUGAAGAAAAAGAUUGAUAUUUGUAGGCCAGAGUUUACCUCAUACAUUGGUCAGAAUGGAAGUCAGGAUUUAAAUAUUACUCCUAAAAAUAGCAAACAGUUUAGGAGUCUUAGUGGAGUGCCUGACAGAAGAUCAUUGGUUGGUUCAUUUGAGGAGUCCUUGUUAUCUGGUCGGUUGGUAUCUACAAAAGUUAAUCAGAGAAUUGAUGGGUUUCUUGCUGUUCUCAACAUUACUGGGGGUGAUUUCUCGCCUAAAUUACAGAAGCUUCCAUUUGGGGUAACUAGUGUGGAUGGAGAUAACUACUUGCUUUACUAUUCAUCAAUAGAUCUUGCUGGGAAUGCAUCAAGAAACAAGAAUAAAAGCCCAAAAACAAAAAGGAGUCUUGGCAUGGAUGAUUCCCACACAGAGAAGAGCCGCCUUCAAGUACCCAUGAAGGGGAGGAUACAAUUGGUACUGAGCAACCCAGAAAAGACCCCCAUUCACACCUUCAUUUGUAGCUAUGAUCUGACUGACAUGCCAACUGGUACCAAGACAUUUCUGCGUCAAAGGAUCACUUUAGCUUCCUGUGGAGAAUCUCGUAUACCAGGGAGAGGACACAAAGGUUUCGAGGCAAUGAAUGAUGUCAAAGAAUCUUCCAUUCAAAAUAGUAGUCAGUCAUCCCCACUUAGCAGCAAUUACUCUGAUAGGAAUGGUGUUGAUCACGUGAAAUACGUGGAAACCGAAGGCUCUAGUUUUGUUUUGGAUCAAGCCAAUCAGUCCAGUAUCUUGAACAGCAGUGAACAUAAAAGAACUGGUGAAAAUAACAGCCCAUCAAACACCUGCCCUGUAAAUCAAAGAAAAUUUGUACAUAACUCAUCAAAGAUCAACAAGAAUUCUGCUGGUGCUGGUGUUCUGCGUUAUGCACUUCACCUCCGGUUUUUAUGCCCUUUCCCCAAGAAAUGUUUAAAAUCUCUUCAGAGAUGCAACUCAGAUCCUCUAUCUAUACCAGCACAAGAAAUGGACAUUGGAGGAGAGAGGCACUUCUACUUGUAUGGUGAUAUGAGGGUGGUUUUCCCACAACGUCAUUCAGAUGCCGAUGAGGGCAAGUUACGUGUGGAAUAUGAUUUUCCAUCGAAUCCCAAGUACUUUGACAUCAGCAGCUAAAAUAUCCAGUUUGUUUUCCUAUUCAAGGAAGUUGGUUCUUUCUCUGUAAAUAUCUGUACAUACAAUUUCAUUCAUCCCAUUGAAAAAAUUUAAUGAUUCUUUUUUCUGGAAUUCACAGAGAAAUAUAACCAAAUAGAUUGUAAACUCUCGUCCAUGUUUUGAUUCUUCUCUGAAGGCUGCACUAAAUGUCAACAAAUGAC